GCUGAGAAUCUUUAGAUGGUGACAAUUUGCAAUAGUUUUACAAAAUCCACUAAUCGUUUAUCUAAUAUUAUUUAUAAAAAAAGGAGAAGGUUACGGAAAAAUGUCGACAUACUUGGCGUGUGCCUACAACAUUCUAGAGAAUUUAUUACCAAAUGUCUCCCUUCUCUUAAAAAGUCGACUCUAAACCCGUUGCCCAAACUGCAUCAGGAUGUCGACAUUACUUGUUCCUUUCUCCAACUUAUAUUUUAUUUCUGUAACCAACCUAUCGAGAUUCUCGUACUUACCCUCCCACUCAUUCAUGUUGUUGGAUGUUUCCGGGAUAUCCUCUUACGCAAAUCUCUCCACUUUUUUUUUCAUGAUCCCAACGAGAUCUUCUUCUUAGUCACCCAAUGUUCUUUGGAACUUGUUCGUCUCUCAGCAACAGAGUCCAUUUUGCAGUUAGUUCCGGACACAAUGGCUGCUUCAUCAUCAACCAUCCUCUGCAAUGCCUCCGGGUCAGACCCUUGUCGUGACGACUCCGCAGCGUUUCUACUGAAGCUAGUAGCCAUUGCAUCCAUCCUCUUAUCCGGUGCAGCAGGUGUAUCUGUACCACUCAUUGGCAGGAACCGCCGGUUCCUUCAAACCGACGGCAGCCUCUUUGUAACCGCUAAAGCCUUUGCAGCAGGUGUGAUCCUCGCCACUGGGUUUGUUCACAUGUUAGCCGGAGGCACAGAGGCUUUGAAGAACCCGUGCUUGCCGGAGUUCCCUUGGUCUAAGUUUCCUUUCCCGGGGUUCUUUGCUAUGGUUGCUGCUUUGAUCACUCUGCUUGUGGAUUUCAUGGGGACUCAGUACUAUGAGAGGAAGCAAGAGAGGGAAGAUCAGUUGCAGGGUAUUGUUGUUCCCUUGAUUUGUGAAGGAGGAUGUAACGAUGAGAAAGUGUUUGGAGAAGAAGAUAGUGGUGGGAUUCACAUUGUAGGGAUUCAUGCUCAUGCUGCUCACCAUAGACAUAGUCACCCUCAUGGUCAUGGUUCGUGUGAUGGACACAGUAAAAUCGACAUUGGUCAUGGACAUGGACACGUGCAUGGGGGUUUGGAGCUUGGAAGUGGUGCAAGGCAUGUUGUUGUUUCUCAGGUUUUGGAGCUUGGGAUCGUGUCACACUCCAUUAUCAUCGGCAUAUCACUUGGAGUAUCUCAGUCUCCAUGCACAAUCCGGCCACUCAUCGCAGCACUAUCCUUCCACCAAUUCUUUGAAGGGUUUGCGCUCGGUGGAUGCAUCUCCCAAGCGCAGUUCAGGAACAAGUCAGCGACCAUAAUGGCAUGCUUUUUCGCUCUCACGACACCGAUAGGGAUUGGGAUUGGAACUGCAGUGGCGUCGUCUUUCAACUCUCACAGCGUUGGAGCGUUGGUCACGGAAGGUGUAUUGGAUUCGCUGUCGGCAGGGAUACUUGUGUACAUGGCUUUGGUGGAUCUUAUAGCUGCUGAUUUCUUGAGUAAGAGGAUGAGUUGUAACUUUAGGCUUCAGAUUGUUUCUUAUUUGAUGUUGUUCCUUGGAGCUGGACUCAUGUCUUCUCUUGCUAUUUGGGCUUAGAUUGUGAGAUUCUUUCUUUUGUUAUAGCUGCUACAAACAAUGUGUAUAGUUCUAGAAUAAUCAAAUCUCGGAUGAGUUAUUCUUUCUUCUGUUGCCUGGAUGUUUUUGUUCUACAAUUUCCUUAAAAAAUAGAGGAAUUGGAAUUAAGUAUGCGAAAAAAAUAUAUUAAAAAAGUAUCUCCAAUGUUCAAAGACAAUGUUUUGAGAUUAUAAAACUAAAAAAAUAAAUAAAAGGGAGAUAAGGUUAGAUUUUCAUCAAAGGUGCACCACUCAUAGUCCUCAAAGAAACUGUACUUCCAGUGUUCAAAGAUAACGUUUAGAUUCUCAUCAAAAGUUCUUCAGAAAUUGCAUUACCAUAAGUUUUAAACAGUUAUCCAUUGAUCUAACCAAAAGAUGGUCCAAACCAAGAACAAUUACAACAGACAACAAUAGAUUAUAUUAAAGUAAAAACAAACUCAACCCAAAAUGUAAAGACAUGAAUGAUUAUGAAACCAUCAAAAGCAGCAUGUUAAUGGAGCUUUUGUCUUAAACAAUGUCAUCUUCUCUGUGGGUCUCAAUGGUAACAUCAGAAGUAG